ACGGCGGCCAGGUCGCGCCGCGAGCGAGCUUCCGCGCCGCCCGCACGCGCGACCUACCUGGGCGCCCCGCGCCCCCGGAUGCUGCAGAUGGGGAAGCUGAGGCCCUGAAAGGGAUGUGACACUUCAGGGCACACAGUUAGUCAGUGACAGAGCAAGGACUGGCACCUACAUCCUCCCAUUUCCAGCCCCCAGAAUUUGGGCAUGUUUCCUUCCAGCUCUCAUCCAAGUUAUUCAGCGAUAGUUAUGACCUCCCGGUUACGUGCGUUGGGUGGAAGAAUUAAUAACAUACGCACCUCCGAAUUACCCAAAGAGAAAACUCGAUCGGAAGUUGUCUGCGGCAUACGGUUUUUAGAUGGCUUGGUACAGACUUUUAAAGUUAAUAAACAAGAUACUGGCCAGUCGCUUCUGGAUAUGGCAUAUUCCCAUCUGGGUGUGACAGAAAAGGAGUAUUUUGGUUUGCAGCAUGGUGAUGACCCAGUGGAGUCCCCUAGAUGGCUCGAGUCAAGCAAACCCAUCAGGAAGCAGUUGAAAGGAGGUUUUCCCUGUACCCUGCAUUUUCGAGUAAGAUUUUUUAUACCUGACCCCAACACACUGCAGCAAGAACAAACCAGGCAUUUGUAUUUCUUACAACUGAAGAUGGAUAUUUGCGAAGGAAGGUUAACCUGCCCUCUGAACUCGGCAGUGGUUCUAGCAUCCUAUGCAGUACAAUCUCAUUUUGGAGACUUUGAUUCUUCCAUACAUCACCCCGGCUAUCUUGUUGACAGCCAGUUUAUACCAGAUCAAAACGAUGACUUUUUAACCAAGGUGGAAUCUCUCCAUGAGCAGCACAGUGGGCUAAAGCAAUCAGAAGCCGAAUCUUGCUACAUCAACAUAGCACGGACCCUCGACUUCUACGGAGUGGAACUGCAUGGUGGUAGAGAUCUGCACAAUUUAGAUCUAAUGAUUGGAAUUGCUGCUGCGGGCAUCGCUGUAUACCGAAAAUACAUUUGCACAAGUUUCUAUCCUUGGGUGAAUAUUCUCAAAAUCUCUUUCAAAAGGAAAAAGUUCUUUAUACACCAGCGACAAAAACAGACCGAAUCCAGGGAACAUAUCGUGGCCUUCAACAUGCUAAACUAUCGAUCUUGCAAAAACUUGUGGAAAUCCUGUGUUGAGCACCAUUCGUUCUUUCAGGCAAAGAAAUUACUACCUCAGGAAAAGAAUGUUCUGUCUCAGUACUGGACUCUGGGCUCCAGGAACCCCAAAAAGUCUAUAAACAGCCAGUAUUGCAGAAAGGUGAUUGGUGGUAUGGUGUGGAACCCAGCCAUGCGGAGGUCCCUAUCGGUGGAGCAUCUGGAAACCAAGAGCCUGCCUUCCCGGUCUCCUCCACUAACCCCCAACUGGCGAAGUCCUCGGCUCCGACAUGAAAUCCGGAAGCCCCGACACUCCUCUGCAGAUAACCUCGCAAGUGAGAUGACCUACAUUACGGAGACUGAAGACGUAUUCUACACCUACAAAGGCUCCCUGUCUCCCAGAGACAGUGAUUCAGAAGUUUCUCAGAACCGCAGCCCACACCGAGAGAGUUUAUCCGAGAACAACCCAGCACAAAGCUGCCUGACCAAGAAGUCAUCCAGUUCUGUGUCUCCAUCUUCAAAUGCUCCAGGCUCCUACUCACCCGACGGAGUUGACCAGCAGUUCUUAGAAGACCGCCACAGAGUGACCAAAGGGGGCUCCACUGAGGAUGCCAGCCAGUACUACUGCGACAAGAAUGACAAUGGUGAUGGCUACUUGAUCCUGAUCCGUAUCACUCCAGAUGAAGAUGGGAGAUUUGGAUUUAAUCUUAAGGGAGGAGUGGAUCAAAAGAUGCCUCUUGUGGUCUCAAGGAUAAAUCCAGAGUCACCGGCAGACACCUGCAUUCCUAAGCUGAAUGAAGGGGAUCAGAUCGUGUUGAUCAAUGGCCGGGACAUCUCAGAGCACACCCACGACCAGGUGGUGAUGUUCAUCAAAGCCAGCCGGGAGUCACAUUCAAGGGAGCUGGCCCUGGUGAUCAGGAGGAAAGCUGUCCACUCAUUUGCUGAGAUCAAAUCAGAAGAUGAACUGAACCAGCUUUUCCCAGAGGCCAUUUUCCCCAUGUGUCCGGAGGGCGGGGACAAUUUGGAAGGAUCCAUGGACCUGCUGAAGAAAGGCCUUGAAAGUGGGACAGUGCUGAUCCAGUUUGAGCAACUCUACAGAAAGAAGCCAGGUUUGGCCAUCACAUUUGCAAAGCUGCCUCAAAAUUUGGACAAAAACCGAUAUAAAGAUGUGCUGCCUUAUGACACCACCCGGGUAUCAUUGCAGGGAAAUGAAGAUUAUAUUAAUGCGAGUUAUGUGAAUAUGGAAAUUCCUGCUGCUAACCUUGCGAACAAGUACAUCGCCGCUCAGGGACCCCUGCCACACACCUGUGCACAAUUUUGGCAAGUUGUCUGGGAUCAGAAGUUGUCACUCAUCGUCAUGUUGACGACCCUCACAGAGCGAGGGCGGACCAAGUGUCACCAAUAUUGGCCCGAUCCUCCUGCCGUCAUGGACCAUGGCAUCUUUCACAUCCAGUGUCGCUCAGAGGACUGCACCAUUGCCUAUGUGUCCCGAGAGAUGCUGGUCACAAACACCGAGACUGGGGAAGAACACACUGUGACACAUCUCCAGUAUGUCGCAUGGCCUGAUCACGGUGUGCCAGAUGACUCUUCAGACUUUCUGGAAUUUGUGAACUAUGUGAGGUCCCUGAGGGUGGACGGGGAGCACGUCUUAGUUCACUGCAGCGCUGGAAUAGGCCGAACGGGUGUGUUGGUCACUAUGGAAACAGCCAUGUGCUUAAUUGAGAGAAACCUGCCCGUUUACCCACUGGAUAUCGUUCGGAAAAUGCGAGGCCAGCGCGCCAUGAUGGUGCAGACAUCAAGCCAGUACAAGUUUGUGUGCGAAGCGAUCCUUCGUGUGUAUGAAGAAGGCUUAGUCCAGAGGCUGGAUCCCAGUUAGGACAACUGUGAAGUGUUCAUUCCUCCUUCCCCAGGGGGACAGGCCUUCCUCCAGAGGCCCCAAGAGGAACGGGUCGUUGUGGGCAGGGGAUGAGCACAUGUGAACCCGGCACUUUAAAUUUCUGAGGAAGAGGCAUCCUGGACACGGGAGCUGGUGUAGAUAUGCAUGCCGCUGUGGCUUCCUUUAGACUGGAGAGAAAUAGCAAAAGGGGAUCUCGGUUUGGGGUCUGUCCAAAUGCCUUCCUCCCUAGGCAUCUCUGUGCCCUGUGGGCCUCCUUGGGCAACCAGAGAGGGCACCAGCAGUGCUGUUGAUCCCCUGACAGUGGCCAGUGGGUUUCCUAGGGUUGCUUAGGUGUUUCGUGUGUUGUGUGUAGGCCUCUGGGCUGAGUUUCCCGUGCCUCUAGGCAGGACUGGAGCAGUUAGCGGUCACUGCUUACCCCCGACACCAGGAACCCUGGUGAAUGUACAUGUGCAGGACACAGGGACCUCGGAUGAGGGACAAGCAGUGCAUUUUCUGCCCUCCCUUUUGCCUCUCUCAUCUCUCACCCCUCCCCAGAUUCCUGAGAGUCACGUCCAAAACGUGCCUGCUUUCCCCCUGCGUUUCUCCUUCAGGUUCACACCUGUGCCUGAACCAUGUGAGUAAUGUGUGUUCAGGUGAAGGUCGAGCCGGGGCGCCGAGAACUAGCAUAGAAGCAGGCGCGUCUCUCGCCUCUGCUUGCUGUCACUGUGUCCUCUGUCCCUGGACCAGAGGCGCUGACUACUGAGUCUACUACGUGGAUUGCUGCUACUUCAUGCUCUCGCACUAAAACGAGGCAAU